AUGAUAAUUAUGCAGGACGGAUUGGUCACAGUUUAUGACGUUUGUUGUUUUAUUCGAAGUGCUAGAAUGAUAGUCAUAUUCCAGCUGGACGCUACGCUAGCCAUUCUCAUCUACAAUCCAGACAGUUUUGGCCUGAUUUAUAAUGGAUUGCCGGUGAGUCAUUCUCAUCAGAAUAUUUAAAAAGUAAAGUUCAUUUAUCAGCAGCCGAUACUCAACCAGGCUGUGAUCGCUCGUGAAGUGAGUUUUUUCGAAGAGUUUUUGAAAAUAGUUUUAUUCAGGGAGCCCUGUUGGAAAUCCUGCCCAGGACCAUCGCGGCGAUGUUGAACGAGUACCAAAUUAUGCCUGCGCAUAACAACGAGGAGAGCAUUUACGUCAGUUUUUCGAAUUCUUAAUUUUGAAAACAAUUUGAAAAGCAACAGAAACAAUUUGGAGUUUUUUUACACAAAUGGUGCACUUUUUCAAUAAAGAAAAAAAUUUUUUCCAUAGAUUAGUUCAUUUUUUUCUCAGAGUUUCUCAGAAAAAUCCUGCUUCAAUGAAAAAUUUUUAUAUUCUUCAUCCUCCGGAAAUGAUAGCUUUUUACAGAGAGACAUGUGUAUUAUGAAGCUCCAAAACAUCUUCUUCAUGAUCCAGAACAGACAAAAUCUGCGCUCCAUGGGGGUCGAAGCCAUCCAGCAACGGCUUGCACUCAAUUGA